CAAGUUUGUGUUUUACAGUGGUGGUCCUGUAGAGAGCGGUAGAUAGUUUUAAUAAGUGGUAACCCCAGCAGAGCUCCCCUUACUGUACAGUACAUAAGCAGAGGGAGGAGCGACCAUGUAGUAUUUCUUUUUUUUGUGCUCUUUCCCUCCUGUCGCUGCAGCCCAUCCAAACGCUACUGAAAGGCCACCAGAAAAAGGGGGGAACAAACUACAAAUUUUCAUGCAAAAGCUUUGUCGGAAGGAAGACACGGACCUGUGUGAGGAGGGGGAUACUUCUGGCACUACGAGGCGUAGCAGCUUAGCUGAGGACCGGGCUUCGGAGUGAGGGGAGACGUGUAGCCGCUCUGCGCUGCCGCUACACUUGUAAUGCACAAACCGGAGGAGCCCCUCUGACUUUCUCCCGCUUCAUUUCCGCCUAAUGCCCCCAAUAUCCAACCCGAACUGGUUGUCCAGACCGCGUGGGGGUAACCGACGAGUUCCCUGAGAGCUACGUUUGGAUGAAAGCUGGGAUGAAAUGUAAAGAAACAACGGCAGAGUAAAGACGACUGACCACCAAGGGGCGGAGACGAGGCGGACCACACAACGCAGGAGACCUGGGGAAAUCAUUAACCGCACACAAAAACACACUAUGACUGAUUGGAUCUCGCUCCACCCCCCGACUCCCUGAGACUGACACCCACACCGAGCCACACCGUACCGACCUCAAAUCGUUUUCCUCUGGAGACCCCCCCGGCCAUCCUCCCCAAAAAGAAACACCCAGGGACGGGACCCUGUCAUGUUUCACUGAGGGUCCCCUCCCACCUGGCGAAUGACAAGUGUGCAUUCGAGGGCGGGGCUUGCCUCAGUCUCUCAUGAUUGGCUGCUGGAUGGAAUUAAGGUGAAUGGAACACGUGCCCAAGGAGCAGGACCCUAACCCAUCAGAGGGAGAAGAGAAACGGUGGUUCAAUGGCCCGAAAAGGAAGAGAAAGAACAGCCAAUGUUCGUUGAAGAGUAUGACUGCACGUUGUCUGAGUGACAGCUCCAAAUCCCCCGAGCUGAAAGAAGCGAAUAAAGACGGGUACAUCCCCAGCUACCUCGAAAAGGAUGAGCCGUGUGUGGUUUGUGGCGACAAGGCCACAGGCUACCACUACCGCUGCAUUACCUGCGAGGGCUGCAAGGGCUUCUUCCGUAGGACCAUUCAGAAGAACCUCCACCCCAGCUACUCCUGUAAGUACGAUGGCUGCUGCAUCAUCGACAAGAUCACCCGCAACCAGUGUCAGCUGUGCCGCUUCAAGAAGUGCAUUGCAGUGGGCAUGGCCAUGGACUUGGUGCUGGAUGACUCGAAGCGGGUGGCUAAACGGCGUCUGAUUGAAGAGAACAGGGAGCGACGCAAGAAGGAGGAAAUGGUGAAAACCCUCCAAAACCGUCCAGAGCCCACUGACAGCGAGUGGGAGGUGAUCCACCUGGUGACGGAGGCCCACCGGCACACCAACGCUCAGGGCGCACAGUGGAAACAGAAGCGCAAAUUCCUGCCAGAGAAAAUCGGCCAGUCCCCGGUUACUCCCACGUCAGACGGAGACAAGGUGGACCUGGAGGCCUUCAGCGAGUUCACCAAGAUCAUCACUCCUGCCAUCACCCGUGUCGUCGACUUUGCCAAAAAACUGCCCAUGUUCUCUGACCUACCGUGUGAAGACCAGAUCAUCCUGUUGAAGGGCUGCUGCAUGGAGAUCAUGUCGCUGCGAGCCGCCAUCCGCUACGACCCCGAGAGUGAGACGCUGACGCUGAGUGGGGAGAUGGCCGUGAAGCGGGAGCAGCUGAAGAACGGCGGGCUGGGCGUGGUGUCGGACGCCAUCUUCGAUCUGGGCAAGAGCCUGGCGCAGUUCAACCUCGACGACACAGAGGUGGCGCUGCUACAGGCCGUGCUGCUCAUGAGCUCAGAUCGCUCUGGCCUGACCUGCAUGGACAAGAUCGAGAAGUGCCAGGAGACCUACCUGCUGGCGUUUGAGCACUACAUCAACUACCGCAAGCACAACAUUCCUCACUUCUGGCCGAAGCUCCUAAUGAAGGUGACCGACCUGCGGAUGAUCGGGGCGUGCCACGCCAGCCGCUUCCUUCACAUGAAGGUGGAGUGUCCCAAUGAACUCUUCCCCCCACUCUUCCUGGAGGUCUUCGAGGACCAGGAGGUGUGAAACACAAUUCCCACCACGCAAAGGGAAGAGGAAGUUGGAGCAAAUUGGGAGAUGGAAGGGCCAUCGUUUUUACAGGGAAAGGAAGAAGGAAGAGUCCUCUCGGCAGGAAUUUGCAUUCCUCCGACAUUGCAUUUACAGAUGUGGUUUAAAAACUGGAACCAACCAACACACAAACAACACACCAGCAACAGGAGAGUCGAGCAAACAGAGGAUUUUUUGUUUUCGACAGCCCUCUCCUCCACCUAAUUCUCCUCCUUUUACCUACCCCUGUUUCAAAAUCCGUGUGGGGGCCCUUCUGUCUGAGCAUGAUGUCUUAUUUAGUAAGAGUUGUAUCCAUUUGCCAAGACACUUGCACGCACACACAUGCACAUACACACACAGCCACAGCCUGUUCCACCUCAGUUCUUCGAGCAGCGCUCUUUUCGGGGGUCUGUUCCCCCUCUCGUGUUCUUUUUUGUAACGGUCACCGAUUUACACACCUUUUAAAGCCCAUGUUUCCAGCUGCCAUGCUGGCCAGCACCUCUCAGUAUUAUUUCUGAAUAAGUGUUAAGUCAGUAAUUCAGAAAAUAUGGACAACGGUGACAUUGAUAUUGAUGCUCACAGUCAUGCAGGCACAUGCAAUCAGCAAACACUGCACAGUGAAAUUUCAGCGGAUGCUUUAAGCAUUACUUUGGUGUGAAAUGGCUGCUGUAUAGCAGAGCUACCAGACUUAGUCUUUAUCGAUUCCUCAACUCAAUCUGAGCCGUUACAGCUGUUUCUGGGUAUCUUAUUCGAUCCCAGUGAUACCGGUGCUAUAUUUAUAAAAGGCUACUCCAGUUUUAUGAAAUUGUGUUGUCUGCCUUUGAAAAGUAAUGUGCAGAACAUGGCUCCAUAUCUACUUUCAUUUUUUGUCAUUGGACCGGCUCCUGUGACAUACACACACACACACACACACACACACACACACACACACACACACACACACACACACACACACUCACACAUUUGAGCAGAUUUGCCUUGUCAUUGCCCGAGCUGCUUGUGUAAGAGCCCUACUGGCUUUUUAAUGAAAGUUAAACCAUUCUCUCUCCAAGGAGUUACUGCAUUGAAAUAAAGAAAGGAAGAAAAAAGAAAGGAAGGAUGUGAGAGGAGGGAGGAGAAGAGAUGGAGAGAGGAAUCCAGAUUUAAUUGCUGGACUGUAGAGUCAGAGCCAGGGUCAGGAGUAAAUCUCCCACACACAGCCUCCAAGGAGGUUUUCAAUAGCAGCAACUACCAGUGAGGCAGCAAAGCUCAACUCGACAAACACACACACACACACACACACACUCUUUUUCUCUCUCUGUAUUUUUCUCACACAGACACACAUUAACAUGAAAACACACAUCACCUCAGAGUAACAUGAAUGCCUCAUUUUACUGUAUGCACUGUACGUCAGUGUCAAUAUACAGCCCUAACCUGCAGGGUUUGUUCAGAGUCCCCUCCUCACGGACUCAGCUCAGUGUGGCCCCUCCAGGCUUCCAUACACAUUUGCCUUGUUUUACCAUGGGCAUCACUGAGUGCAGGCAAAUGCCAAGAAGGCUACCAUUUACCUCAAAGUGGAUACACCCCCAGGCUGGGGCGGCACUAAUGCCCCUGUGGUGUCAGGCACUACCUCACCUCUGUGGACACGGGGCGGCUACACACAGACAUACACCAUUCGAGUUGGCGCAUGUGUAGGCUAACACAGAAAUGUGCAUAAUAUUUACGUCGGUGCACACUUGUAGUCAGGAAAUGACAAAACACUCAUAGACACACACACACACACAUCCUCAGUUCUAUCACUUGGUUGAAAUGAAAUACCAUUGAAGACAGGAGGGCCAGCCAUCCCCCCGGAUGGUUCUACCGACUCCAGGGAAUGGUACCGAUUACAUUCGGGUUAUCUCUUUUCGUUAUAUGGGACCAAAUGUCGUCUUUUGAAAUUUGGAUUUACCCAGUUUCUGUCAGAACAGAAGCCGACUCACAGGAGCGACGAAGGACACUGUAGAUGUGCAGCCCAGCUGACACCCAUUUGCGCAAGUAGCAAGAGGAUAGAUAACAGAGUACCUAGAACCCGCAUCGGCCACGCCCGUUGAAUUAGCAUGCAGAGAAAGGGCUGUUUGCUUCUGCAUUAUGGCUAUCUUCCAUAGUACACUCAUGAUGGCUGUCCUUGGACCUUGAUAAAUAUUUUCUCUGAAAUAAGCUUUCUUUGAUGCAUGGACAGUGCAUUAGACGUAAAAAGGUAGAAUGUUCUAAACCGAAAUGAAGCUUCUUAAACUGAAAAGCUCUUUUAGUCUCAUGCACUUUACCAAUGCUCACCACUAUAACGGUAAUAUCUCACGGCAAUUAUAUCCAUGGCAAAUAUCAUAGUGUACUAGCCAAAGGACCAUUCACCAAUGUUGAUUGAUUAGAUCAAAGCCCACUCUGUUCAUUCCAAUUCUGGGGCCAUGCCAAACCUAACUGGGUUUACCACUCAUACAAGAAGAGAAUGAAAGAAAAGAGAGACUAAGAAAAUCUAUUUUAUACUCAACGCCAAACAGUACUUCAUACUUGGCACUUGUACAGGAUGGCUAAUCUGCACCCCUCGGGAGUACCCAAGCAGAGCAACAUGUGGCAGGAAUCAUGGGUAAUCGUCACAAAUGGCCAUGCCUCACUGCUUCGACGUCUAGAGCAACGCUGGGAGGCGAGAGGAACUGGAACGCCACCUUUGGGCAAAAUUGUGGAGCCUGGUCUGACUCCCAGAAGAAUCCCCUUCACAAGCAUUAUCCUCACUUUUAGAGAUCCAUCCCAUGCCCUGCCUUACCCUAAUCUAGGCUAUGUCCUUUCUGGAGCCUAGCUUUGACUAAAUUGCACCCCUACCAACAUUAUAACAGCCCCCACCUAGCCUGGCUGGUGGGAGCUUUUGCACUACUGCAGCGGCCCCCUACUCAUCAAACCAACACCUCUUGUUGGAUUCCCCAUUUGCGUCCCUCACCAAAACUCCCGUCAUUUAGGGUGCGUUUGGUGCGGGACACUCCUUACGAAGGUGAGUUUUGGUGGCUCUGUGUAACAGACGCUGGCCGUUGAAGUGGGCUCAGUCCCAAACCUGACCCGUUGUCAGUAUUAGACCCACAGCACAUGACCCUCACCCUUAAAUCAUCCCAACCAGGGGCGUAAAGAGAUCCCUGCGUAGGAGGGCUGUGCACAGUAGCACUUAUUAAUUCUCCUUGUAGUGUCCAUUUCCCGAUUAUCCUUCCUAUAGAGUCAGCCCAGUGACAUUUCAAAUUCAGAGCCCUCCCUUCAAUCAUCUUCUCUCCCUCUCUCCUCUUCACGAAGCACCCUAGCUAUCAUACCCACCCACCGCCGAGUGGGAUGCGCCCAGUUUGGCCCAGAAUCAUUGACACCAAACGGCAUCCAGGCCACUUCCUUGUGAGACAAGGCUGGCCAUAUCUGCCCUUUAGUGUGGCGCCACCGAAUGAAUGUGAAAGGCAAAGCAGCAGCGAUGGGAACGAGAGACUUGAACGCGAGAUUGUGAGGAUGCGAGAGGAGAAAGCGCCGAACAGGAAACACAAAGCUGAGGGUCCCGACCCUCACUGCCAUCAUUGACAUGGGUGACAGAGGGUGAUGUGGUCGGACGAUGCUAACAAACACUCGGAGGAAGGGGAGACGGCAGUGUUGGAAUAUGUAGCGUCUCCCCUUUCAGUUCCCACAACGACCACAUAUGAGCCCCUGCUCCCAUGCCAGCUGAAAACCCCAAAUGUCCCCCUCAGCUCCCUCCAAAAGGAUAACCCCCACCUGUCAUGUAGUGAGGAUCAGAACGUGAUCGCUCAUUCCAGAGAUGCAGGUUUGGAAUUCCGACACAUCUUUGUAAAAGAACUGAAAAAGAGAACCCUAUUGAUGUCCUUUGUUCUCGUGAGCUGACUGGAUAUGUGUGUGUGACAGUAGGGGUUAUAAUGCUGCUUUACCUUCUGAGUCUGAUUUAGAUUAAGAAAAAAAGAUAUAUGAAAUGAUUAUAAAUACACAAAACACAAUGAAAAGAGAUGACUUUUUAAAAAAAAGACUCAUGAACAAAAUUAUUGGAGAAUUUUUCAUUUUAUCAUUGUUUUCUUAUUUUUCUGUUUGUUUUUUGACGCUUAAACGGCUCUGUGUAAAAAAGGUAAAAAAACAGCUCUAGUCACUUUUUGACCAUGCGUGCAGUGUAACAUAGAACAUAUUUCACUUCUUUUUCACAUCUAUACUUUGUGUUGAUAAGCCAACUGAUCUAUUUGUCUGUGUGUCUGUCCAGUUGUCCGUCCCCUUUUAUCAGGAGGAAUUUACAACCAACAAAACAGGAAUUUCUUUUUUAUAUUUUUCUUUUUUUAUGAAAUACAACUUUGGAGAAAAAAAAACACAAACAGGAAAAAUAUUGCAACAGAAAAUGAAAAUACAAAAAAAAAAAAAAAUCUUGUCGUACCUCACACAACACAAAACUCAAAGGAACUUGGGAGGAGUCAUAUUUUGCAGGCACAUGUGAAAGUUCAGAGAUGCAUAUAUAGAUUUAAAAAAAAAAAGGUAUAUGUUAAGAUAAUAUGUACUUGUGUGCACGCAUCAGUAGAAGUUACAAAAUGACUCUUCCCUCAAGCUUUUGUGCUCUACCUUAUUUGGUUGUGAGGCGUUAGAUACCAUCAGCUAACGUGUAGUUCUCCAACUUAAAAAGGCACAGUCUUUAGACGGUAAACUUAAAAAUGUGAAUAGCCCAGAGACUGAGGGACUAAGACUUUUGUAAUGGCUGAGAGUUUUAUGGUAUUGAAUGUAGCUGACAGGAGGGGGCUGGACCUGAGCCCGGCACCCACAACCCAACUUCCACACACCAGCAGAAACUAUAUUGGUGUCACAUAGACGUUACCAACCUACAACAAAACUGAAAAUAUAUAUUGCCCAUCUGCAAGGUGCAAUCCUAUGUUGUGUAUUUUUGUAUGUUUUCUGUUUUUGAUUUUAUUUUUGUUUUUAUUCACCUUUUAUUGUUGGCCAUAACCAAGGAUGUAAAUACAAAAACAUACAACACUCGAGAUUUAUUGCAACAAAGUACAUUUAACCUCUCCAUCCCGCUCCAAUGUAAGAGGGGGGGGAAAGCAAAGUGAUGUGUAAUGCUUCAUACGUUAUUGUGUGUGAUUGGUGUGUGUGUGUGUGUGUGUGUGUGUGUGUGUGUGUGUGUGUGUGUGUGUGUGUGUGUGUGUGUGUGUGUGUGUGUGUGUGUGUGUGUGUGUGUGUGUGUGUGUGUGUGUGUGUGUGUGUCUGUGUCUGUGUGUGUGUGCACUCUCUCACAUGUGCAUGCUGAUCCAUAUUCAGAAGUGCCCUGUGACAUUAAUCAUGAACCCUGUGCCUCCUGUUAUUUGCAAAGAGAGAGAUUCGUGCCCCUCAUAUUCUCACAAUGACACCACACAUGAAUGCCUAUAGUUAUGUGUGUGUGUAUGUGUGUGUUCACCUAUGGAAUCAGUUCUUCCAAACUCUUGAUGUGAGUGUUGCCAGCAGCCACAGUGGCUAAAGUUCUGCAGGGCGGUGAGGUGGUUUGAUGAGUAAGGUGGGAGAGGCAGAUAAAUAGAACAUAAGCAGGUCAAUAUUGAAGUGAAUAUCAGCUAACGUGGCUGCAAAACACACACAUCAAGGUUGGAAACCGCCAACAUGGAUUUCCCCAUUCGUCCACCAUCCCAUUGCCUCCCAGAAGCCAGCCUAAAAAACUCUUGCUCAGUUUGUGAUACAAGGUGGUCAUAAACCUGAACCAGGGACUAUUAGAGGUUCCAUUUGUAGUUGUCAUUUCAUGUGUCUUUCUUAAAAUCCAGAUUCAAUACGUUUUUAUUAACACUAAGCAACAUAUAUGCAUCUCUUAUUGGACGGUCUUUGUUUACGCGGGCUAUAUGCAAUUUGGAUCUGAAGCUCCUCAAAACAUGAGAAGCUCUAGAAGCUUCAUAUAUCUACAGCUUUAGUUACACUUAAGAGGCGUGAAAAUUACAGAGCAUUCAGACUUCUCCACAUCUGGCAAGAAUGCAUCUGAAUACUCUUCUCGCACGCAUUCAAAUUUCAAUCCUCUGAUAUGCAUUUCUACUGCAGUCCAAUAACGGUCCACUCUGCCCGAGACACAGGAAGUGUAAAUGGAGUCUUAGCUGGUGAUGAAAGUUUGAACUCUAGCACCAUAUAUGGUUUUCAUUUCUUACUGGCAUAAGCUGAAAGUCAUUUGGUCUCUGAUGACACCCAGAUUGCGUUAGCGUCACCACAACAUGCAGAGAUUCAAGGCUGGCUCUGCAGGGGCAAACUCAUCCCAUCCAUAAAUAUUAUGAUCCUGAUUUAUUCUCACAUGUUGACAUGUUGGACAAGGGUGGAGAUUUUCUGUAAUGUUUUUUGGUUUCAUGGUUGUGUUUGGUCCCCCCCUAUGCCAAAUGUAGAGUUUGUGAAGAUACGCAAGUAGCAAGAUGUCUAUGCAAUUUCCCUCCUGCUCCCUCCCACAGACAAGCUCAACGUAACAACAGCGAGCCAGCCUUGCUUGUAAAAUUCGGCCUGGCUUGAAUUCCAGAUGUUCUGGACAUCUCGCUACUUAUAUCAGCGGGGGUCUGGACUACCUUGGUGAGCUGGCCUUUAGCCCAGCUGACUGUCUCUCUCCACGGUAGUCCGGGUCUCAGAAAACAAGUAGGAGGGGUACUGGGGAUGUUGUGGAGAAAAAGGAUUCUACGAGAUGUGCUGUUUAUUUGUAAAAUGCUCAGAAAGUGGUGUGUGUGCAUUUAUGUGUGUGUUGUUUGGAAGUUUGGGUACGUCUUUUUGAUGCGAUGCUCUCGUCGUUGGGUGGGUCCAACGUUAAGGCCACGAAUUACAAGAUUUAGAAAAUCCCCUUAACUCACUUGUCUGCAAUAUGUGUGUAAAGCUUUAAUUGUUUCUAUCCUGCGACCAACUUAAUGUAAUGAUAAAGAGUGGGUGUUUGAUGUCUAUCAAUGGGAAACAUAGCAUAGCUAAGUUUACCUAACCUAUUCCUCUACUUUUUAGACAUGAGGAAAGGAUUUGACCUGAUUUGUAAAUGAAGAAAAAAUGAUAAACAUCUACAACCUCAACCCCGUUGAACAUGAGCACUUAACUAAAAUGCACUUUGAAUGGCCCAAACCAAUCCACGAGACGUGGAAGAAUCUUUGGUGAUAAUAAUUGUGCUGACAGGGGAAAAAAGUUAAAUUGCACCAAAGCCAAAUGCCUUUUGUACCAUUAAUUGUUUUUCAAAUGAGUUUAACCCGAACAUUUGAGUUUCAGCCUUUAGGCACCUAAUGACUAAUUACAAAGUUUACGAUUCUUUUUGUAUUGAAGUGCAAUAAGUGAGUGAGUGAACCUUUUGGCGUAGUUCUUGUCUCAGCAGAUCUUUUUUAUGAUUGUGGGAAAAUAGUAAUCUCAUGAUUGAUUCUAAAAUGUUCCCACCCAUGAGAGCAUCAGCUUAGACCCGCUCCACACACACAAACAUGCACACACACACACACACAGACCACUUUGUGUGACUGGGUAAAGGAAGCUAUUGAAGGAUUCUCUCAGGUAAAAGAACAUUUUCUAAUAAAUGAUGAUGAACCUUAGAUGAAAAA